AUGAACCGGAAAGCAAGGCGCUGGAUCUGCCCCAUCUUCCUGAGCCUGGGCAUCGUCUACAUCAAAAUUGGGGGCUUCUCCUCUGUGGUGGCUCUUGGGGCCAGCAUCAUCUGUAACAAGAUCCCAGGGCUAGCUCCCAGACAGAGGGCAAUCUGUCAGAGCCGACCUGACGCUAUCAUCGUGAUCGGAGAAGGGUCUCAGAUGGGAAUCAACGAGUGUCAAUUUCAGUUCCGAAAUGGUCGUUGGAACUGCUCAGCCCUGGGAGAGAGGACUGUCUUUGGGAAAGAGCUGAAAGUGGGGAGCCGAGAAGCUGCAUUCACCUAUGCGGUCAUUGCCGCGGGAGUGGCCCAUGCCAUUACAGCCGCCUGUACACAGGGCAACCUGAGUGACUGUGGCUGUGACAAAGAGAAGCAGGGCCAAUAUCACCGGGACGAAGGCUGGAAGUGGGGUGGCUGCUCUGCUGACAUUCGCUAUGGCAUUGGCUUUGCCAAGGUCUUCGUGGAUGCAAGGGAGAUCAAGCAGAAUGCUAGGACCCUCAUGAACUUACACAACAAUGAGGCUGGACGCAAGAUACUACAGGAAAAUAUGAAGCUGGAAUGUAAAUGCCACGGGGUGUCAGGUUCGUGCACCACCAAAACAUGCUGGACGACGCUGCCCAAGUUCCGCGAGCUGGGCUACAUCCUGAAAGACAAGUACAACGAGGCGGUGCACGUGGAGCCUGUGCGGGCCAGCCGCAACAAGCGGCCCACCUUCCUUAAGAUCAAGAAGCCCCUGUCCUACCGAAAGCCCAUGGACACGGAUCUGGUGUAUAUUGAGAAGUCACCCAACUACUGUGAGGAAGACCCCGCAACGGGCAGCGUGGGGACCCAGGGCCGCAUGUGCAACAAGACCGCCCCCCAGGCCAGCGGCUGUGACCUCAUGUGCUGCGGCAGGGGCUACAACACCCACCAGUAUGCACGCGUGUGGCAAUGUAAUUGCAAAUUUCACUGGUGUUGUUACGUGAAAUGUAACACAUGUAGUGAACGAACAGAAGUGUACACCUGUAAGUGAACUGUGUGGGUUGGGGAGAUACUGGGGGACUGGGUGGGUGCCGGGGAUGUGGACGGAAAGGGGGAGGGGACAGCAAGUGCUGGGCCACCCUUCCAUUCUCCCCCUCACCAUCCCACUGCUCCCUGAGAAAGGAAAAAGACGGAAAAAACCCAGGAAGAUGUUUCCCCAUGAUCUAGCCUGACCUUCUC